CACACAAGGUGACUGAUGAACAGACAGGGGUAAGAGACACAGAGAGCUACUUCAACUCUUCAAAAUUUCAACUUCUUCAAACAGCAGACAGGAGACAGGUGGUUGAAUGAAGCCUCAACCACUAAACAUGCUGUGGAGUGUCUCUCUCUGCCCUUUAAUGGGAGUUGUGUUGCUAGCCCAGAUGGUCAAUGCUGUGACAGACUCAACCACCACCACAAAUUCUACCACUACUCCAACACACUCCUCCUCUCAAUCUCCCACCUCCACCAGUGCUUCUACCCUUCUCCCCUCCACUUCCACUCCACCUCCUCCUUCCACCAGUGUCACCUUCUUGAGGAGGAAGGUAAUGGUGGUGAGGGAGAAGCUGUGCUGGUCCGAUGCUCUGUUCUACUGCAGAGACCAUGACUGGGACCUGGUCAGUGUUCGCAACGAGACAGAGCAGAGGGAGCUGGAGAAACUGGUGAAUGGCAGUAACUUCAUCACCCCCCUCACCUCCCAUCUGUGGCUGAGCCUGUCCAGGUACAUCCUGGGAGACACGUGGUACUGGAUGACCGGAGACCGUAUGAACUACACCCACUGGGUGAACGGUGUCGCCCCUAGGAAGGACAUCUGCAACCCCUGUGGAGCGAUGACCAACGGGGCCAACGGAGGGAACUUCCUCUGGGUGGAGCGGCUCUGUGAUGACCAUUACAACUUCCUCUGUUACUCAGGUCCUGAAGCAGGAGUCAACAGAGUGUAUUUCUACAGCAGCAGAUGGCCAUAGUGAGGCGCUGUGGAGCUCCAGAGGCUGACAUCCAAUCCCCUUUAUAUUUUCCUGUUGUAAAAUUAAUAUUUAGAUUCAGCUUUAAAGAUACUUAGAGGUUGUCUGACCAGGUAACUUUUACUGAGAGUAGCUAUUGUAGCUGGUAGGUGAGAGUAUUUGAUGGCGCUUAACAAUGUGGCCAUACAGGAUUUGGAUUCUGCCAUUCAUUGAUUCUGUUGGAGGCUCUAGAACAUUCUAAUAGUAUUUUCCUGUUGUAAAAUUAUCACAUUUAGUUUAACAUUUUCUAACAUUGUGUGUGAUUUAAUAAUAAUGUUAUAGAUUAUGAGAGUAUUGUUUCUUUAUACAAUCACGAUGCUGUCAAAGUGUGUUUUUAAAAAAAAAAAAAAAAAUUGUAUUUUUAAUUGUAUUUUUAUUAACAACAAAUCAAUA